AUGGAGAAAACCACCAAGCUGGCAGAUCUCAAGCUCGUCAACAAGUAUUACCCAUCCAUCUCCAACUACUCCUAUCCUAGACCUGAUGCAACACAUCGUGGCGAGCAGCCGGUCAAUGGCCGCUCUUCAGUGGGAUCGGAAUGUUCUGUGCCUGAAAUGGUCGAAGACCAAGAGUCGGACGUAUCGGUAGACGACAGCAAUCAGUCUCAUAUAGCUGGCGACGAGACUUUUGAUUCAUUCUGGGAGGAUUCGGAGUCUUUUUGGGGCGUCGAACCGGGAGACAAUAGCAACACAGUGCUUAUCGGACCGAUCACCCACGCAACAGCUCUUCAACACCCUGCCGACAGUACGAUUCCAGAAAAGGAUCGUCACAAUUCUCCACAGAAGAACUCAGAACACGUCAAUGACCAUGAAUCAGAACCGUGCUGGCCCUUGGUAGUUGCUGAACCCACGGUCGCACCAGCACCGAAGCCAUCCAAGCCCACCUACUCUCUGUUCCCGCAGCCAACUGUUGUAGCGCAGCAGAGUCUGCCGCUUAGGCGCCCGGUUGGUCAAAUGAGGAGCGAGAUUCUAUGGGACGCACCCCAACAGUAUCCAUCGACAGUGUCAUUAUCCCUGACGAACAGACGCAAGAAGCCAAGAAAACUUCAUCUACCGGCUUCGGAUGGAGCUAUCAGCUAUGACAGUUCGUUGUUGACACAGUCAGCCCCCGGGACGCCCACUCUCCUGAUUGCUUCACCUACGGCUGUCGCCUUUUCAAGACGAAGCCAACAGACUCUUCCCUCUCAAAGGAAUUUCAGUAUAUCAAGAACUCACUCAGACACAAAGAUGGUCUACUGGACGCCCACCGAUGUUCCUUCCCAAGGCUCAGCAACGCAACUCAUCGUACCUAGUCAUGCCCCUGAAAAACCACGUGGCCGUCAAACACAUCAAAGGACUCAGUCGCAACUGCGGCAGUCCAUAUCCGCAACUGACCUCCCGGAGACGCCAAGGCCAACACCAUCGCCCGUUGAAAGCGCUGUGUCGCACGCACCCUGUGGUGCUUCACGGCCCACCACGCCGCUGGCACAGCAAACAGUGAUGCCUGUGUCGGUGUUUGAAUCCGACUCGGACUCUGACGACGACAGCGCUGCCAACUUUGCGCGGAGGAUCGUCAAGAACCUGACCCCUCACAAGCGCGCACGCAGUGCGUCCGCUGCGCCACGCUCGCGCAAAGGCAGCGACAUCGCCAAGGAGCAACUGCGAAGGAUACGGGCAGACACAAUCUCAUCUUCCACAGACGCCAAGGCUGCUCCUGCAGUGGAAUAUGAGACGGAAGACAAAGAGAACGAGAGCCCCGUGAUGCCGGUCUUGAGGAGGCAGAAGAGCGAGGUUUUCGGUACCAUUUUUGGCAGGAAGCGAUGA